AUAAAAAUUAGAAGCCAUUUUAGAGAGAGAAAGUUUGGGGCAAGCAACGAGCACGAAGGGGACGAGCCUGAAGCACCAUUUUCUACAUCAAAAUCACACGCAGUGACCUAUACAUACAACGUAUUUGUAUGUAUCUGUUUUGUCUCUGAAGCCAUGUUUUGAGGGGAAUGCUCUGUUAAUUUCACGUAUCCUAGGGCAAAAUAUACCUCCUACGUUGAGUUGAGGUACCUUGUGCAUCAGGGGCAAAACCCUAGGAGCAGAGAGAGAAUUCGGAGGGGCAUCCCCUUGUCAAGCCCUAAAUUGCAAUUGGUUCGUGGUUAAUCGCAAUUGAGGUAAUGGCGCAUGUAAGCUACUCCAAAGAUUGGCAUUUGGUUGGAUGAGUUGGUUAUGGUUUGCAUGUUCAAUGAGUUAAGUUCUACUGUUUGAAUUUGCCGAAAUCAAUUGGAAAUAUGGACAUGAGAAGGUGGAUAGAAAGGUUUAUGAGGCUACAUUCACGACUUCUUGCAUGAUGUUUCCGGGAGUUUGCUUCUAGUGUUGAUGGAGAGAUCUAGCUGUAGCUGUUGAACUGGGGAAUGCAUGGAUGCAGUUCACUAUCUGUUCUCUUAGUCAAUGCCGAAUUGGAUUCUAUGGGAGGAGUUGUUGAAGGUGGAGUUGGUAUAGCUAACAAAACUUCUCCCCGAAGAGCAGCAAUUGAGAAGGUUCAAGCGGAGCUCAGGCAAGAGUAUGAUGUUCGGGAGAAAAGGAAAAAAGAGUUGGAGUUUCUCGAGAAAGGUGGAGAUCCCUUAGAUUUUAAGCAUGGGAAUGCUGCUUCAGUUAGUGUCCAGUCAACCUCAUUUACUGAUCAGCAUCCUGAGCAAUUACUGACCAGUGAAGCAAGAGGUAGUUUUGCAUUUACUACAUCACCUCAUGGAGACUCUGUGGAAAGUAGUGGUAGACUUGGUGCAAAUCUUAGUGAACCCAAUAGUGCUGAUAAUCUCAUGUUAUUUGAUGCUGAACAUGAGUGUUCUGAAGGCGAUAGGAAUUCAUUACAUCCCGGUAGGAGUACGAUUGUGCCAACUGAAAAGUUAUCCCAGAUGGAUGGGAGUCAAAGAACUCGGCAACAUGGGGAUUCACCUGCUUUUGGCCUACCUAGAAAAGCAUAUAAGAGAAGGAACAGGUCACGACCAAAUCGUGAUGGAACUAGGUCAAGUUCGACUGAUGUAAAUUCAACUCGUGCCAGUCAUGGCUCUUCUAUUCCUACUCGCCAAGGCUCUAGGGAGGUUAAAGGAUUCAUAUCUGAUGCAGAAAAUCAAAAUAUAUCAUCAAAUUGUAAAACAAAGCCCACAAGUCCUGUAGAUGGUGGAGUUCACAAGACUGGAUUCCCAGAUAGUCAGCAGGAUAUGGAGUUAGAUGGUGGAAAGGCUGUAGAAUCAUCUAAAAACAUGGUUGAAGGUGUUCCAACAGUUGCUGUAUCAGAUGCCAUUGCUUCUGAGACCCCACUGGAUGAUCAACAUAACCAGUAUUCAAACUCAGGUGCUGUGAAAGCAUCUGUUCAAAUGGAUUCUAACAGAUCUGAGUCCAUCCAGGCAAUGGAAGAGAUGAAUUCUGCAGUUAUCGAGUGUCAGCCAAGUACGACUGCCAUUAAAAUUGAAAAUCAGUCUAGUUCCUGUCAUAUGAAUGGUUUCAGCAGCAAAAGGGAGGAUGGGAUGAAAAGUGAUGCUCAUAUCAACAGUGUCUCACAUGGCAUAAAGGGCUUGGAUUCUGAGUCAUCUUGCACCCAAACCAGCCUAAGAAUUGGUGGAAAUAAUGAAACUGACAUUUUUAACAAAAUGGGGGAUGCUAAUUCAAAUGGGAAGAUUAAAGAUCAAACCUUAAUACCUGAUGGGACCCUCGUUGUACAGGGCGCUGAAUUUGUAAAGGAAAAGAAAGAGACUGAGGCUGUUGGUAGUUCUACUCAUGUCAAUGUGGAGAGCACAUGUCAAAGCCAGCAAGAGAAUGGCUGUAAACUCCAACCUGAGGAAGCAUUAACUCAAAGUGCAUCUGCUUUGAUAAAUGAGGCGAAGGAUCAUGUUGUCACUGAAGAAAAGGAAGCUUAUGGACACACUGGAUCAGAAUCAGGGAUAAAACCUUCUGACACUCUUGGCGACAAUGCUGGCCGUUAUAAUGAAAAUUCUUGCACUGUUAGGCUUCAGGAUUCUACUAAUAUCUCAAUUUCUGAUCUCCCUAAGGAUGGAAUGUUGACUCGGCUUCCUAGCGUUUCCCUUGAGGCUCAAACUUCUUGUGGGUCUGACUCGAAAUUAGCAAGAAAAAUUGAUGAAGACUCAAUCUUGAAAGAAGCGCAAAUCAUUGAGGCAAAACACAAGAGGAUCUCGGAGUUAUCUGUUGCAACUUCUCCAAAGCAAAUUCGCCUAAAAUCUCAUUGGGAUUAUGUGCUUGAAGAAAUGGCAUGGUUGGCAAAUGAUUUUGCACAGGAGCGUGUUUGGAAAAUAGCUGCUGCAGCUCAAAUAAGUUCUCGAGCUGCUUUUACCUGCCGGUUGAGAAAACAAGAAAAGAGUUCUGGCAUGGAGGCAAAGAAAGUUGCUCAUAUAUUGGCAAAGUCUGUUAUGGAGUUCUGGCGUUCAGUAGAGGAGACAAGCAAAGUACUGGAGCAGCAAAGUCAAAGUGAUGAAGCAGUAGCUGUUAAGGCUUAUGCAGUGAGAUUUCUGAAACAUAACAACUCUAAUAAUGUUCACAACCAAGCAGAGGUGCCGUUAACACCAGAUAGAGUAUCUGACAUGGGAAUCAUUGACCUCUCAUGGGAGGAUAAUCUGACGGAAGAGAACCUCUUCUACACAGUCCCACCUGGGGCCAUGGAGAUGUAUAAAAGUUCAAUUGAGUUUUCUGCGUCCCAGUGUGAGAGAAUUGGAAGUAGCAUGCAAGAGGAAGUGGAAACAUCUGCAUGUGAUGCCACUGCAGACUUUGGAUCUCAAGAUAAUGCAUAUGAUGAGGAUGAGGAAACAAAUACAUACGACAUGCCAAUGGCCUUUGAAGCUAACAAGUCUUCUAGAUUGGGUCAAAAGAAGCGGAAACACUUGACACAUGCAUAUGGUGUGAGAUCAUACGAAGCAAGCUCUGGUAUAUUGCCGAUGCAGUGUGCUGAAAAUAAAGCCAUGGCAGAACAAUCUGCUUUACUUGCAAAACGUCCAGGUAGCAGUCUUAAUGUGUCAAUCCCAACAAAACGGGUCCGAACUGCUUCCAGGAGAGUUAUCAGCCCUUUUAGUGCAGGGGCAUCUGGGUACAUUCAGGUACCAAAUAAGACAGAUGCUUCAAGUGGUGAUACCAAUUCAUUUCAGGAUGAUCAGAGUACUCUGCAUGGUGGAUCUCAUGUUCCAAAUAGUUUAGAAGUUGAAUCAGUUGGAGACUUUGAAAAGCAAUUGCCCUUUGAAUCUGGAGAAGUAUCAGUAAAGCAUAAGAAGAAGAAGAAAGCAAAACAUCUGAAUGUUGCAUAUGAACCAAGAUGGCAGGUUGAUUCCACCUUUCAAAAUGAGCAGUUUCAGAGGGAUCACUUGAAGAAGAGUCAUCAACUUGAAUCCAAUGGCAGUAGUGGUUUAUUGGGUCAACCCAUGAUAAAGAAGCCGAAGACUAUGCGGCAAUCACAGGAUAACUCUUUUGAGAAUGUUGCACCAAUUGGUGGGUCUGUUCCUUCGCCUGUUGCAUCCCAAAUGAGUAACAUGUCCAAUCCAAAUAAAUUUAUUAAAAUACUUGCUGGGCGGGAUCGGGGUAGGAAACCAAAAGUUUUGAAGAUGCCUGCUGGGCAACCGAGUUCAGGAAGUCCAUGGACACUCUUUGAGGACCAGGCACUUGUUGUCCUGGUACAUGACAUGGGCCCAAACUGGGAGCUCAUAAGUGAUGCUAUUAACAGUACUCUGCAGUUCAAGUGCAUAUUCCGGAAAGCUAAGGAAUGCAAGGAGCGUCACAACUUUUUGAUGGAUAGAACUUCUGGUGAUGGAGCGGAUAGUGCUGAAGAUUCUGGGUCUUCUCAACCUUAUCCUUCUACAUUACCUGGCAUUCCCAAGGGAAGUGCCAGACAGUUGUUUCAACGUUUGCAGGGGCCAAUGGAAGAAGAUACGCUGAAAUCUCACUUUGAGAAGAUCAUCAUUAUUGGGCAGAAGCAACAUUAUCGUAAAACUCAGAAUGAUAACCAGGACCCAAAACCACUCCAGCAACCUCACAGCUCUCAUACAACUGCUUUUUCCCAAAUUUGUCCCAAUAACCUGAAUGGAGGGCCCAUUUUAACUCCUCUGGAUCUCUGUGAUGCCUCCAUUCCAGGCCCUGAUUUACUUUCCCUUGGAUAUCAAGGGACACAUUCUGGUGGAUUAGCCAUACCAAAUCAGAGUACUAUGACUCCAAUGUAUCCCGCUUCUGGGGCCUGCUCCGCAUUGCAAGGAUCCCCGAAUAUGAUGCUUGGCAAUAGCUUUUCGUCAUCACCAGGCUCUCUGAGUUCCUCUGUCAGGGAUGGUAGAUAUGGAGUUCCUAGAUCUUCAUCAUUAUCAGCUGAUGAGCAUCAGAGGAUGCAACAGUAUAAUCAAAUGAUAUCCAGUAGAAGUAUGACACAACCCAAUAUCUCUAAUGGAGCUCUUCCAGGAGCUGAGCGGGGUGUUCGUGUUCUAACUGGUGCUAGUGGCAUGGGUUUAGCAUCUGCUGUUAAUAGAAGCAUGCCAAUGGCUAGACCUGGAUACCAAGGAAUUGCUCCAUCAUCUAGUGUAGUUUCCCCUGGCAUGUCAUCAGCAAAUAUGCACUCUGGAAUGGGCUCUGGUCAAGGAAGCUCGGUAUCGAGGCCUCGUGAAACUAUGCACAUGAUACGGCCUGGCCUGGCUCAGGAUUCACAGAGGCAAAUGUUGGUGCCUGACCUUCAGAUGCAGGUCUCACCGCGGAACAGCCAAGGAAUAUCCCCCUUUGGUGGGUUGAGUUCCCCUUUCCCUAACCAGACGGCUUCUCCACCAGUGUCAUCAUACCCUCUCCAUCAUCAGCAGUCCCAUCCAAUAUCUCCGCAGCAGCCUCAAGUUCUUAGUCCUCAUCACCCACAUUUUCAAGGCCCAGGAAAUCAUGCCUCAAACCCCCAGCAGCAAGCCUAUGCAAUUCGGAUGGCUAAAGAGAGGCAGCAACAUCGUUAUCUGCAGCAGCAGUCACAACAACAGCUACAGCAACCCCAAUUUGCUGCAUCUAGUUUGUUGACGUCUCAUGUACAGUCGCAGUCUCAACUUCCUUUAUCCUCUCCUGUGCAAAAUAGUUCCCAAGUUCAACCACAAACAGGUUCUCCAGCAGUAUCAAUUUCUUCAUUGACUUCGGCCUCUUCAAUGAACUCAUCAAUGCCUCAGCAUCAGCAGAAGCAUCAAUCAUCAACUCAGGGAGUUGUGCGGCAUGCACAAUCCAGUGGCAGUGGGCUAACCAAUCAAAGUGGCAAGCAACGACAAAGGCAGCAACAACAACAGUUUCCGCAAGCUAACAGGCAACAUCCUCAGCAGCGGCAGCAGCCACAAGUUCAACAGCCAGCUAAGGUUGUGAAGGGAGUUGGAAGAGGGAACAUGAUGAUGCAUCAGAACAUGCCAGUUGAUCCAUCCCUAGUAAAUGGGGUCACUACAAAUCCGGUGAAUCCAUGUUUGGAGAAAGGAGAAGCAACGGCACAUUUAAUGCAGAGUCAAGGCGUUUAUACUAGUUCGGCACUAAAUGCUGUUCAACCAACAAGGCAAUACGUGUCUUCACAAUCAUCUAACCAGUCCCUGCCUCAGCAAAAAAUAUAUUCUGGCCCAACUGCUUCAUCAACCAAGCCGAUACAUCAAAUGAAUGCUCAUUCUGAUAGUAGCAGUCAAGGUCACGUUCCUGCUGUCGCUUCUGGUUUGUCUGCUGCCCAUCAAUCUGUUCCAUCUUUGGCUAUGUCUGGUUCAAACCACCAGCAGGCACCUACCCAGCAAAAGUUAGUGAACCAAAGUCAGUCAGCUCUUCAAAGAGUGGUUCAACCGAAUCGUCAGAUAAAUUCUGACCCAACAAACAAACCACAAGUCAGAGACUCAGAUACUGAUCAGCACCCAACAAGCAGCUCUUCUGAGAUGGACACAGUGACAGCAGUACCUCAGGGCACUAACAAUGCAACUAAUGUGGCACAGGUGGGUCAAGGGCUUGGCCAGAGACCAUCAGCCAACUUAACCUCCAUUAGGCAUGAUGUUAGUGCACAAUGGCAGCAGCCGCCAUCACAACUACAACAGCCUAAUUCACCAGUGCCCCAUCCUCAGCAGAACCAGCAGCCACUGCCGCCAGUACAUUCUCAGCAGCAGGCGCAGCUUCUGCAAGCAGGGAAUGGCAAUUUGUAUAGUAGGCCCGGUGACCACAGAUUGGAAUGAAGCCCUUAUAACAGAUUGUGCGGCAGUGAUGGGUCCAGCCCAUGCCUGGUCAGCAUGCUCUUGAGACAUUAGUGUACAGAAGUUCAUGUUCUGUAAGUGCACAGAAAAGUCAGCAAAAUAUAAGAGUUCUCUACAAAUUGUGAAGAGACACCGGCUGUGCACAUUUUGGGGAUAUUGUAUAUUAGAAUUGCUCUAGUGCUCGGGGAAGAUGGAGACGGUAGAGGUAGGUGUACAGAAUCUCAUCUCCCCUUUUGUUAACUUUUCUUUAUAUGCCCCUUAUUGUUUUCCUGCUCAGCUGAGGGGCCAUAUUUGUUUUCCCCUGCAUAGAAGUCAUGUAUUUUUGCCCGUAUGUUAAAGGGAUAGUUCCCAUUGUUAUGGCCGAAGGCUGUGGAAUUUUUGUGAAUAUUAGUCUUCUUGUGUAUACUCUAGUCAAUAUUCAUGAAAAAUAGUGAUCAUCCACGCUUCCCGAGCCUCUAUAAUUUGUGCCAUACUAUUGUUGUAUGUUGUCAAAAGUUUAAAUGAUGAAAAAUCCAAAAGUUCUGCCUCGCUUUCUGAUGAGUCUUUGGGAUAAAACUACUACUACAUGCUCCAUUUAGAGGUUGAUUUUGUUCGUUGCUAUGGUUCACAUGAGCUAGUUGAAAAUGAGGGAGGUCUUGAUGUAUAAUGUUCUGCGGUGUUUUUGAAGUACGUAAACGGAUGAUAUGCAGAAGAUUUACGUAGUGGUAUUAUAAUUUUGAGAUAAACAUGAGAUAAAAUUCAAAGUGUUUAUGAGAAUGUAAGAUGGAAUUGGUAAUAGUUAUAAUUGAUGGGUUAGGGAAAAGAAAGGCGGGAAAUUUUGUUGUCUCCAUUUUCUAGGAGGAUGAGUUAUACACUUCUUCAUUUAUCAAAAAAGGAAAAAGCAGUGUACAGGGAGGGAUUGCUUGUGAUAUCAUCUCAUCUUAGUUGAAUGAGAAAAAAUCAGAUGAGAUGGAUUAGUUGAGGUGAGAUGGGAUUUCUUUUUGAGUAUGUGAUUGAAUAUGACAUACAAGUAAAUGAUGAUAGUUGACGUGUUAUUAGAAGUGUUAGGUUAGAAAGAAAUUAUAAUGAUUCCAAUUGAUAUGAUGGUUUUUUUGAGGAUACUGA